UGAGGAUACGCGGCGGAAAACGGAUGGAUAUCACAAAUGAACUCGGCCGAGAUAAUCGGCGAAUGUUUAAUAUCGCGCAGAAGUGGGGCAAGAUCGUGCGAAAGGGGAAAAGUGGGUCUUAAAAGCCAAGUUGAGAGUUUUUUCCACGCUAUCGUGUCUUGCAUGGCAACAGCCGCUCCCGCCUCUCUCGGGCUCCCAGAGACCGUCUACAAAAAGUCAACUUUGGCUCCAAAAAUACGAUCAUAAUUGCAUGUACAUUUUCAGUAAAAAAUGACGCACGAAUCUCCAGUGUUGACUACGGCGGUCAAGUUUUAAGAAUUAGGACACAGCGUUUGUUGCGGUUUCGUUUUACUUGAGCAAAAUCCGGCGCGCACGGAGUUAAACGUCAACCCGGAAGUGGGUUGCCGAAGUCUGCACGGCAACAAGCGCCCCGAUUGCGUCCUCUGCCAACAGCUGGAGGUUAACAUGGAGCAGCUGGAGGAGGAGCUGACGUGCCCGAUCUGCUGCGGUCUCUUCGAGGACCCCCGAGUCCUGCUUUGCUCGCACAGCUUCUGCCGGAGGUGCCUGGAGACCCUCCUGGAGCCCCCCCGCGGCUCGGCUUUCUCCCGAUCGCCGUUCAGGUGCCCGACGUGCCGCAAGGAGAGCCCGCACAACGGCGCCAGCAGCCUGCAGGUCAACUACUCCCUCCGCGGCAUCGUGGAGAAGUACGCCCGGCUGAAGGUGACGCCCAAGGCGGGCGCGUGCGCCCAGCACCCGGGUCAGCCGCUCAACAUGUUCUGCGCCACCGACUUGAGGCUCAUCUGCGGCUACUGCGCCACCGCCGACGACCACCGCGGCCACCGCUUCUGCUCCCUGGAGGAGGCGUACGAGCGGGAGAAGCGCGCCUUCGACGAGCUGCUGCGCGGCGCGGAGGGCUGGCCGAGCCCGGGCGCCCUCGCCCGCCUGGAGACGCUGCGAGCCGCGAAGAAGAGGGCGCUCCAGGCGGUCAACGAGGACUCGGAGCGGGCGAGCGACUACUUCGACAAGCUGGCGGCCGCGCUGGAGAACAAGAGGAGCGAGAUUCUGUGCGACUUCGAGACGAGGAGGCUGGCAGUCAUGCAGGCGUUCGACCCGGAGAUGACGAGGCUGCGCGACACGCUGGACCGCCAGGAGAGCGCCCUGGCCUCGGCCGAGGCCUUCCGCGGGGUCACGGAGCCGCUCGGCUUUCUGGAGCGAAUGCACGACUUUCGCCAAACGCUGGCGGCGAUCAAGGAGGAGGCGACCGGGGAGGAGGCGUCUCCGGCGGAUCGGACACCCCCAGAAGUGGCGCCCCUCAACGUCAAAAAGUGGGACGCGGUGAGGCUGGGUGACGUCGACAAAAUGACGGUGUCCCACGAGAGGGCGGCGGCGGCGGCGGCGGGGGGCUCACGCCGGUUCGUCGCCAUCCUCGUGACGUGCGGUGUCUUCCUGGCGUUGUCCAUUCUGGUGCAGCUGCUGCCACCGCCCGCGGCCCGGGAGCACCUCUGGGACCUGACCGGCGCGACCACGUGGGUCGUGGCCAAAUUCAUAGACCCCGCUGUCACUUACUUUGGCAGCUGUCCGUUGAUUCAGUGAAGGGAAGAGGAGUCCCCCCAACCCCCCUUUCGGGACCACCUUUCAAGAUCUGCAGCAUCUGGAUGCAAAAUGAGUACAUCAAUUCUUUUUUUUUUUUUUUUUACAUAUAUAUACGCACAAUCUAAUGAAAUG